CCCCAUUUGUUCUAUCUCCUUUCUCCAAAAUCUCUCUGAAUCUCAACAAACUCCAAGAAACAACAGCUAGCUAAGUGAACUGAGCUGAGAUCAUCCAUCGAUCGAUCGAUAAAAAGGAGGUAGCUAGCCACCAAACAAUCCGAUCAGCAAUGGCGGCGGAGAGGGUGAGGACGCUGGCGUCGCAGCGGGCGGUGGUGAUCUUCGGGGCGAGCAACUGCUGCAUGUGCCACGCUGUGCAGACGCUCUUCACGGAGAUGGGCGUCAGCUGGGCGGUGCACGAGCUGGAUAAGGACCCCCGCGGCAAGGACGUCGAGAGAGCGCUCGCCGGCAUGGUCGGCCGGAGCCCGCCCGUGCCGACGGUUUUCAUCGGCGGCGCGCUCGUCGGCCCCACUGACCGGGUCAUGUCGCUGCACCUCGGCGGCCAGCUCGUGCCGCUCCUUCGCCAGGCCGGUGCACUCUGGCUCUGAGGAAUCAAGUACGACAGCAAUGGCUGAUGAGUAACGAGUUCGUGCAGUUACGUGUGAUCGAAACAUCGAAAUCGAGCUAGGGCUAUGCUACUGAAAGUACAGUGAGUGCACAGCUACUUAGUUUUGGCAAUGUAACCAGAUAUAAUAACGGCCGUGAUCUUUCAGUUUUGUACUUCCUGUGAGAGAUCAGGUUCUGAGAGAGAUGAAAGCUUUUAAAAAAACGAAGAUCAAAGCUUCUAUGUUUAUCUGUCGUUGUAAUUUGACGCUUUAUGUAGAUGUGGUGUGCCAAGAAUGUUUGCCUAUGA